GAGAAAUGGACAAUAUUGGGCGGAGGUUGGGAAAGCUAACGUCGUCCAAGUGAUUCGUUUGGUUCGUUUGGAGCAGCUUUCCUCGCAUUCACAUCCUUGCCAACCAACCACUUAAUAGAAUGCUCCCCCUGGUGUGCCCGCGGAUGGGGGUUGCUUGGCGGUGAUUGAUUGAAGAUUUGAGCAAAUGGAACACGAAGAAAGCGAGCGGGCGCACCGCUACAGAAGGCCGAACUACUGCGAGAUUGUGGAUUUCCAGCCGUUGCUACCGUCCUUUUUUCUGAGAGCUCUGCAGAUGGAAAGGAACAAUGGGGUGUGGGUGGGUGGGUGUGGUGGAUGGUGGUCGGGUUUCGAGGUAAGGAGGUGAGGGUAAGGUAGGUUUCCGGCCGGGAUAAGCGGUGUAACCGAUCCAGCAGGUUCGUUUUUAUGAAGAAAUCCCAGGAUAUCAACGGUGAGAAGACAACAGCGAAGAGGUUGGAAGAAGCAAAGAAAGAAAAAAACAAGCAAGCUCUGACUGGACACGACGUUUGCGGGGUGUUUGCUGACGAUGGGAACAGGACGGACGGACUGAAGAAAAGUAGAAAGGAGGCAAAGGAUGUCCUGCCCGCCUUACUCCAGAAUGAAAAAGUCCAAGAGGAACAGCGCCAAGCAUGUCCAGGCAAGGGUGGUCUCCAAGAUGGGCAAUGUAAUGGUGGGUGGGUGGGAGAGUACGAGGAACACGCAGCCCGAGGGAUUUUGGGAUUUGCAGACACGCAGCUCAGCUCGCUCAGAGAGAAAGGUCAGACGGGGGAUUCAUUGACGAUGUUUGGACGGACGGGGCAUGGGAGGGAGAAGAAUUGGACCAACAGUCAACUCGUUUCUCUCCCUAUUUCGCCUCUUGGACCGGCCUCAUGCAUUCAUGCGGUCCCUUCAUGUGGUGUUGUCCGUUUUCCCGCAUCCCAAUGCCUCUACUGCUCAGGGAUACACUACACCACUAGGUAUGAGUAUAGAAAAGAGCAUAUUUUCUUCCUCCAUCUCUAUUCUUUAGUUUCUACAAAUGUCAAUGUCAUAUGCUGCGUACUGCGCUGUCCGUCAGGUGGGCUGUGCGGCGCGGCGCGGCGCUGCGCUGCGCUGCGCUGCAUGAGAAUGGGCAAAAAAGACAAAAUGGGGUUCCGGCCAAUAUGCAUGCGACGGCGUGGUCGGGGCAGGUUCUUGGAGUCUGGUCAAUCUAGAGAACCUUCUUAGCACCUUACGGAGGAGGUCAUGUUCCUAUCCCAUCCCUGAGCUUUGGAUCAUCGUGGUAUGGAAGAAUUGACAAUCUUCAAGCAUUGGAUUCCAUCAGCAAGUAGGGCGUGUUGCGUUUCUGGACUUGACAUGACAAGCGUAGCAAUACGUCAAGCUGCCAGAAUUCAGAAAGAAGAUAGUUUCAACGCCCUGGAACGCCAACGCCAUCAUUCCCACCCCCUUGGCGGAGUCGCGGGAAGAUCCCGGAUUGUCUCUCCCGCUAUGAACUCCCCGAUGGACUGUGGUACCUAGAUUACUCCGUAGUCCGUACCAAGCCCUAGCAGGCUCUCGUAGUGU